CAUUUAUAACAUAUAGAUUUAUUCAUACAGAUUGAAGAAUAUUGUGACAAGUGGCAUAAUAGAGAACAGGCUUGGCAGAAUUUUUUCACCUUGUCGGGCUUGCCUAUUGAAUGAAGCCGGCUAAUGAAAUAAGGAGCCAAGGUUGCAAAUCUCCAAUUGGGUUUAUGGAGGUGGGCUGCUCCAUUGUUUAUGUUUUUUCAUUUGGGUCAUCAGUGGUGGACUCCUUUACUCCUAAUUGGGCUUAUACAUCUUCUACCAUGCUUCAGGAUUUUAUGGAACAGAGCACUGCUGUAAUCCCUCUUCUCUGCUCACCGGCGUCGUGUUCCUCACUGCUGGAGUUCGCGACUUGUUCUGCUCUGCUCCGCCGUGUUCUUCUGCUCACGCCAUACAGGAGCAGAGAGCUCAGAAUAACAAGUCACUCUUCAACGGAAACAAGUUCAGGAGUGUGAAUUGCAGUAUGGAGGGUAUGAAUUGAAAGAUGGAGGUGGAUCAAUCAUGAACCUCGUUUGUGCCUCCAUCUAGGUUUGACAGAUUAUAAGUCUCUUCUCAAUACUCCCUCU